AGCGCUCGGCAAUCAAAAUCAAAUACCACAAAAAAAACUUAUAAUUUUUUUCCCAUCAGCAGCGCUUCACAGAACACACUCGCCGCCUUUGACUUGACUGCAAAGAACCUUCUUUUAUCUUCUCUUGUUGCUUUCCGGGUUCAUUGUUUUUGCAAAGCAUUGUUGGCUUUCUCUGCCUCUUUUUCUCUAUUUGCAUUGUCUCUUAUUACCCCCCCCCUCCCUCCCUCCCUUUGCACAGGUGGCUUGCGUUUUUAAACUCCUUCUGCUCCCGUGAAUAUAUAUCUACCUUUUUUUUUGCGUCUUUGUUUGCGUUUUGCGCUCGUUUUGACUAGCACAAUCACCGUUGUCGAGUAGCAACAGAAAACGUAUUUUUUUUCUCCUUUCACUUUUCUUGAGCUUCCUCGCUCACCAUAUCGCCGGUGCGUAUUCUUGCAUUGUCACGUUGUCUUUCCACGCACCUCCUGUUUUUGGUUGUUUGUUGUGUGUGUGUGUGUGUGUGUGUUCCCGCUCUUUUCACGUCCUUUUUCGUUUUUGCUUCGGGAUACUCUUCGAUCUAUUAGCUGGGAUCUUCGCCCUCUCCUCUCCUUGCGGGCCGGUUGUUCUUCUCGCGCUGUGCUGCUCUCUUACUUCUCUUAUAUUCGAAAACGGUGUCGGGGCGGUGUUAAUUUGUUUAUAGGCUACAACCGUACUUAGGCGAACGUUUAUUCUUUUCUUUUUUGCAUUUGGGAUAUCGUCUUCAUCGCGACGUCGUGCUGGUGGGAGUGGUUGUUGUUUUUCUUAGCAGCUUCUGUCGUUGUUCUUUGUAGCCUCGGGUGCGUUCUCGCGGUGCACGCUUCACCGCGAAGAAAGGUCUCUGCAACGACUAUUCAUUGUUGCAGACGCGUAUAUUCAAAAGAGGGGGAGAGAGCAGGAAAGCGGCACGAGCUGACAUGAUACGCACCUCACCUAACGGCGUUGCCGCCGGCAGAGGCAACUCUCGCGUGCCGAAGCCGCGCCCGCAGCCGCUGGACCUUCCUCGCGAUCCCCGCUAUGGCACCAUGGACAUCACGACCAUCGCGAACGGCAGCCCGGCUGGCAGCCGUCGUGGCAGCCGGCAGGACACCCGCGGUAGCACUGAGACAGUGCCACUGCUGAACUACCUCACCUCCCCGCACUCGCCCCUCAUUCAAAUCCGCGACCACUGCCACCAGCAAUGGGUCGCCGUGGUCUUGACUCUGCUGCUGCUCGCCAUCACCACUUACUUCGUCUUCGGCCUGUCGGCGCCGAUGCGGGCCGACCACUGCGUCACGCCGUACGGCACGCUACUCGGCGAGAACGGUAACAUCGGUGCCUUCAGCAACUGCCGCAGAGACUACGGCGGCGACCGCAUGGACCACUUCGUCUCGGUCGGCCUGCAGCGCCUUUACACCGGAUCGAAGUGGCACGCGCUGGAGUACGCGAGGCGGUACUGGAUUCUCUCCUCGCUUCUCACCUUUCCUUUCCUGCCAUCGGCGGACCACCUCAUGACGGUGGAGACCGCGAACGCCGUGAACGGCCGACGUGGCGGUCGUGGCAGCUUGACCGUGGCGCUGGAGCACUACACGAACCUUUUCCUCCCCACGAAAGCGAUGGAAGACGACGAAGCGGCAGCAGCGGAAGCGACGGUGGUGCUGGCAAAUAUUGUUGGUAACGCCAGCAACGCGUCUGCCCGCGCGCUCCUGAUGAACCGGCGGCUUGCCAUGCCCGUUCCGCGUGAUUUGAUCGUCUACGCGAGAAAUCGACGGACGCUGCCGGAGGCGCACGUGGCGGUGGUGGUCGCCGUGCGGGGACCGUUUCGCAGCCUCGCCGCAGCCGGCAAGGAUGUGCACUGGUAUCUGGUGAAGAACACGUCGUCGGCCGGCCGGCAGCCGCUCAGCCCGGUCUCGGCGCUCCCGCACGAGCUGCUGGCAAAGGAUCGCGCCGCGGCGACGGCAGUGACCGGCGGCGAGAAGGCAAAGGAGGAGGCGUCGGCAGGGUCUGGGGUGCUGUACUACAAGGUUUACGUGGCGGAGCAGAACUGGGACAACAUCUACUGGAAGGCAACCGCCGUAGAGGACGACCACGACAACUCGACGCAGAGGCGUUCGUUAAGGCAGAUGCGUAAAUCGUCCACGAAGCAGCGCAGUUACGCGCGUGUGCUCCUGCUGCACGAGUAUGCGAAGCCGCAUGGAUUUUUCUUAGAAGACACGCACAACAAUCUUAUACUCGGCUGGGUUCGCGCGCCCAGUGCGGAGACAAGCGGCUGA